AGGAUAAUAGUUACGCUGAACGGUGCCCACUGGUCACCUGAACAGAAACGGUUAAAAUUGAGUCUAUACGCGACAAAAAAUAGUACAUGAUUUCCGGUUUAAAGUGAAAGUACGUUACUAAGGGGAUACUCAGUGCAGCAUACUCAGUUUAUAAUUGCUGUUAUACAAUACGGAUAUGAGCUUAAUGCAAAGUUCUGGAAUCACCAUAUUUCAAAGGAUACUGUUGAGAGAGGGUUUUUUGUUCGUGAAUUAAAUAGAGGAAAUAUGACAGGUGUAACAGGCGAUUUUGAAGGUUUGGAAAACUUUAAUUUGGAAGACCUCCAUGAAUUGCGACAUGAAGAAAAGGAAGAAGUUAAAAAACAGAUUGAAGCCAUAUAUAUUGAGGCAACCUCUUUGGAGAAAAAAGCCAGAGAAUUGGCAUGUGAUACAAAUUCAAAACAGUAUAUUCUUCGCCACGCACAAACCUUAACAGAAAAAGCAAAUGAGAUGAAAGAAAAGAUAUGCUUAGCAUCAGGGAAAUCAUUCCAAACACCUGAUGAACUACAAAUUGCUAUAAAGCAAUCCAUAGCUUCAAACGAGGAACAAACAUUAAUAGUUGAGAGACUUAAGAGGAACUGUUCAUCCCAUGGCUUAGAAUACAGAGGUCAAACACCAGGGAAUGGUAAUUGUUUUUUUGAAGCAAUCACAUGCCAGCUAGAUAGAAUUGGCGCAGACGUUAUUGCUCCCGAACAAUUAAGAACAAAUGUUGUAAACUACAUAUCAACACAUCCUAGUUUUGAGGUAAACUAAUUUACUUGUUAAAUACAUUCACUAAUUAUCAAACUCCUCCAUGGACAGAAACAUAAAGAAUUAGUUGGACAUGUUUUCAGGGGACAAAUCAAAACCGUUGGCAACGUUAGUGGCGCAUCAGCACAA